ACCAAUGGAAAAGAAACAGUCGAAAAGGACAAGAAAGAAGAGGUCAGUGGCAAGGGGAAGACUAAACAGGGAGAGAGUAGCAAGAAAGGUAAAGAGCAGACCAAAGAACAGCCGAAAGAGGAGAAAGAUAAGAAAACAGUGAAUGGGAAAAGUCAGAAUGGUAGAUCAUCCCCUCAGAAGGAGAAAAGCGUGACAGCUAAUGGUGGUACGAAUAAAGCUAUCAAAUCUAAACCUGGAUCAAAAAUACCCCCAACCAAAGGAGGGAGGGCAGACACACCUACACCUAUUACAAAGCCUGUAAAAAAAAGAGGUGUCAUAGUGAGUGAAACAGAGGAGGAGCUUGAGGAAUCUGAGAGCGAAGGAGAGAGUUCAGUGGAGGAGAGCGAAGAAGAGGAGCCAGUAUGUAAAGAGGAGACAAUUGAGACAGAAGGGCUUGCGACAGAGGAGACACAGGAUAGCAGCGAAGAGGAGGUUGAGGUGUCAGACACGGAGAGAAGCACAGAGGGGCAGGUAAAGGAAGAAUCAGAAAAGGAAACUCCAGUGCAAAUCAGGAAACGAGGGGAACUUGAAGGGGAGCCAGUCAGUACCAGUGAGGAGGAGGAAGAGGAAGAAUCAGUGGCAGUGACCAGCGAUGGGGGUGAAUCUGAGAAGGUAACUUCAAGGAAAAGAGGGUCACCAAAGAAAUCUGCCGCUGUACCACUACUCAGUUUGACGACCAGCGUCACUGCACCGGCAGGGGGUCUGAAAUCCAAGAUGUUCAAGAAAAAAAAGGGCCAGGCUGAAGAGAAGGUUGACAAACCUGGGAAACCUGGGAAACCCACUAAAGCAGAGAAAAAGAAAGCGGAGAAAGCAGAGAAAAAGAAAGCAGAAAAAAAGAAAGGGAAAGUGAAACAGAAAGCCAGUCCAGCAGAGGAAGAAUCUCAGCCUCUGAAUGAUGUCUCCCUCAGCAAGGCUGACGCUGCAAAACACAAGGCCCAGAUCCUGAAGCUAGCCAAACAAACAAAAACCUCCAUCAAAGACAAGGAUGCUCCUUCUUCCCCAUUGGAGUCGCAGGAGGAUGAGGCUGCCUCAACUUCAUCCAAAGCCCCUAAAGGCCCGUCACGGAUGAUGCUAUUGAAAAAGCCUGUCUGGCCGAAGGAGAACAGGAACACGCGAAAGAGGAGCAACAAGAUGGCGAAGGAGAGGAAGCCAAACAGGGGAGCAGGAAAAACAUCGGCCUGGUCCUGGGCAGAGUCAAGAUGGCAUCUGUUCGACACAGGAGCAGUAAAAUGCUGGUAAAGCCUGGAGAGGAAGCAGCUACAGCCGGGUCUACAGAUGCAGUCUCAGCCAAACCCACGGACAGUCUCAUCACUCGUAGGAAAGGUGUGACGACUCUACGCCGCGUCUCGGGUUGGAUCAGGGGGAAGAUGCCCAAAGGGUUUAACCUGAGGAGUAAACUGAAAGUAGUGACCCAGGCCAUUGGCAUCUCCCAUUGGCUCCCUCUCCAUGCCAUCAAACAGAGGGAGGGAGCCACCGGCUCCAAACGCAGCCUGCUCAAACAUCGGAUGGCCAUGCGUGUGGCUAGUAAGACCAGCCUGGCCAGCAAGAAGAACCGAGCCUCUGGAAACGGAGCCGAAGAUAAGUCUGCUGUCACCCAGAAGAGGCAAGCGGGGGAGUCGGGUGACGACCCCCACUCCACCUCACCUCCAGCAGCCAUCGUGCUCCCCAGGAUGAACAAGCUGGGCAUGGGCAAGGCCAAAGGAAUCUUACCAGCCCAGCCAUCCCAGCCUGCUCAGCCAGCCUCCUCCUCCACCCCAGGCUCCAGCACUGCUGUGGGAGCCACCCUCGAAGCCCCCAAGCCCCCCAAACCAGGAGCCAGACUGGUACUCCCAGUCAAACCGGACCUCACCCUCCUCAAGUCCAUCAAGAAGCCUAUUCCUGUUGCAGCAUCAGAGAUGAGGAGGACUGGAAGUACAAACGGGAGCACAUCAGCACAGAGACCCACACCGGACACCAGCAACGAGGACAGGAAAAGGGAGACGGCACUUGAAGGCAAUGAGGGUGUCAGCAUCCUCCAGGCAGCCAGGGGCAAACUGGGCAACAGUCAAUUCAAACUGACCAAGCUAUCCAAGCCUCUUGCUAGUACUGGAAUAGGUGUAGGACCCAGCCGGGGAACUAUAGUCCCAGACAGGGAGACAGGAGCUGGGUUUGCCAGACCCCCCACUGAUGGUCCUGAGUCUGGAGAACCUGUCAGACUGACUGGAGAACCAGCCAGAGUUGAGUCUAGGGUGGGGUCGUACUAUGAAGAAGAGGCUGAUCGAGAGGUGGCCCAGCUGAUGGGAGAGAGGGGGCUGUCCCCUGUCGGCCCUCUGGAGGUGCACUGGGCUGGGACGACUCGUAUGAGCGGAGACCCCCAGGUAUGGAUGACACGUGGUAAUGAAUGUUAUUGUUUUCUUUUUAUUAUUAUAAUAUCUCACAGAAAGCAUUUAAAUAGGAGGAUAGCAUUUCAGUUAGACAAUUUGCGUAAGCCUCUCUCAGGUAUGACAAUAUAACAGACAUCACAAUUAUAAUUGUUACACAAAACCCCACUAUCAUCCCCUCCCUCCACAGGACUGGCUGCGAGCGGAUACCCUCCUGCCCCACCAGACAGUGGAGAAGCUGACCAAGUGGACGGUGUAUGAGGAUGGGGACCAGGCCAGGACGGUACCGACCCACAAUGGGAGAGGACCCUGGGAAUCUGAGGACCCUGCUCAGGAUAUGCUGGAGAGCCGCCUCAACAACACAAAGGUACUGAGAUUGUUCUGGCUUUAUUCAUUGAACUUACAGGAUGUACCCGCGAAGCGCUGGACCAACAACUUUAUUGCAUGGAUAACUUAGUCGUUCACUUAGGACAUCCUGUAGCUUCAGGGUAAGCAUCUUUGAGAGCAAAACAAUCAGAGGCAAUAUAACUACUCAUCCUUGUUCACUAAGCAUCACACUUCCUAGUCACCGCUGUCAGUCUGUGUAUUGACUAAUGCCCGUAACACAGACCUCUACUAGUUUAUUUAUUUUCUAGUCAGUACCAAUACAAUAGAGCAUAGCACAGGCAAACAGUGUAUCAGCUAUCACAGUGACUCAGACUUUUCCAUGAAUACAGGUGUAUUGGUUACCUGUAGUAGAGGGGCUCUGGGUGGAGUUACGGGGCUGAGGGAUAUGGUUAGAGUACAAUGAAAAGAGAAAAAAACGAUUACUGCUAGACAAUAAAUAUAGCUACAGAAAGAAGGUACAGUAAAUGGGGUUAUGAGAGAGAUCCAGUGUACAUGGAUCUGGAGGGGGACGUGUGGCUGACACGUGCCUGCUCUGUGUUAACCUUCAGGUACUGAUGCCAGGGACUGACCAGGCUGUGGAGGUGGACGAGGUGGAGGAUCUAUCUCAGCUUGAGUGAGUGAGAGAGAGCGCGUGCACACACACACACGGUUGGGGAGUAACUUAUUACAUGUAAUCGGAUGUUUUUUUGUUUUUUUUACUGUAGACAGUUACGUUACCAGCAAAAAUAUUGUAAUCAGAUUAGAUACUUUUGAAAAACUAGAUGAGUACUUCUUGGAUUACUUAAAUUCAGAAAGGAUGUUUGCGGGGAAAAAAAAAUAUUAUGACACCUAUCUGUUUUCUUAAUGACAUUCAAUUCAACAUUGAAAGGUGCAAGUUUAAGUUUGUUCCACCUGAGCGAGUCUGACCACAAGUCAGAGACCACUAUGAUGACACACCAAAUGGGUUUGAUGGAUCCUUUGUCUUCUUCUAAUGCUUAAGGGAAAAGUAAUCCAAAAGAAAGUAAUCAGAUUACGUUACUGAUUUGGGGUAAUCAAAAAGUUACGUUACUGACUACAAUUUUGGACAGGCAACUUGUAACUGUAAUGGAUUACAUUUAGAAAUUAACCUACACAUACACCUCUCUGUGUUAACUGGUGUAAUGUCUCCAGGGAGGUGUGUGAGAGCUCUGUGCUGCUGAAUCUGAAGAAGAGGUUUCACCGUGACUCCAUCUACGUAUGUAACCUUACAACUGAACAUGGGGAAACUCAGACCGAUCUCUCUCUCCAUAUAAACAUGUAUAUCUCAGCUCUUCCUCUCAGCCAUAUUAGAUAACCAUCUCAUCUUUCCCUGUGUGUCUCAGACGUACAUAGGUAACAUGCUGCUGUCACUUAACCCCUUCAAGCCCCUUAGCCUCUACACAGAGGACCUCCGACAGCAAUACCAGGGCAAGGAGCAGCAACGCAACCCUCCGUGAGUAACAGCAGAGUAACCCAGGAGUAAAUCAAGAGUAAACCCUAGAAUGAAACCCACUGUAAUGCCAGAAUAACUAAAUUAUUACUAUGUCGCCAAUCUGAGUGACAGCAGAGUAACAAGCACAGAGUAAUGCCAAGGGAAUCCACCUGUUGCUAAUGUAAGUCUGUGGGUGUGUCUCUAUUGGUGAAGCCAUGUCUAUGCCAUCGCUGAUGCAGCCUUCAGCCAAUCUCAAAGCUCACCACAAGAACAGUGCAUCGUCAUAAGGUACGUCAGAGGCACCGGUCUCUUUCUUUCUCUCUUUCCUGUUCUCCUUCUCUCUUCAGAGUACUGUAUUGACCUAUCAUCUUGUCUACAGCUGUAUUGAAGUGUAUUCUGUCUUUCUACAGUGGUCAGAGUGGAUCAGGUAAGACUGAGGCCACCAAGCUUAUAGUCCACUACCUCAGCUCCAUGUACCAAGGCAGGAACGACAACCUCAGACAGCCCAUGGAGGUGCUGCCGAUCCUAGAGAGCUUUGGUAAUGCCAAGACCAUCCUCAACAACAACUCCAGUCGCUUUGGCAAAUACCUUCACAUCCACAUUCUACAGUAUGUCCUCCUCUAGUAACUUCUUCUCUUUCACCCUGUAGAGAAACAAAGUUGCGUUCAAUUGGCAUGAAACAGGAGAAAACAUUUAUUUAAAUAUUUUGAAUUGGUCAACAGUGGUGUGGUGGUGGGGACUUCACUGUCAAAGUACCUUCUUGAGAAGUCACGCGUUGUCUUCCAGGUGAGGUCUUCAUGUGAGACAACUGGGUGCAUAUUCCUCAUAGCCUCAGUCUGACACUUUACUCAUGGGUUCCCACACUUUUACUGUCUCUGCAUCAGGCCAAUGAGGAGAGGAACUACCAUGUGUUCUAUGAGCUGCUGGCGGGGAUGAACGACUGGGAUAAACAGGAGGUCUAUCUGCAGGGAGCAGAGACAUACUACUACCUCAACCAAGUAAGCCCCAAUUAGUAGAAUCAGUAGAAUCAAAUUAAUAGAGUCAGUUAGUAGAAUCAAAAACCCUGCACAUCCCAGGUGUUCCCUGGACCAGGGUUGAGGGAACAAUCAGUCGAGCUGAAUAGAUUACUUCACCCUCCCUCUCUCUGUCAGGGCGGGUCCUGUGAGCUGAAGGGGAAGCUGGACAAACAGGACUUCCUGUUGUUGGUCCAGUGCUUUGAGACGAUUGGUCUACAUGCCGACCAGAUCUCCACAGUCUGGGCCAUCCUCUCCUCCAUACUACAGCUGGGGAAUAUCUGCUUCAGUUCCUACGAGGUGUGUGUGUGAGAGUGGGUAAGGGAGGGUGAGUGUAUUCUUGUGGGAUGAGGUGUCUGUUGCUCACAGAGGAUGUGAGUUGUUCAGAGUAGUAGCAAUUUUGAGGUUUCCACGUUUGGAUGUUUUUGAUUAAUUUGUACAGUACCAGUCAAAGGUUUGGACACACCUACUCAUUCAAGGGUUUUUCUUAAUUUUUUACUAUUUUCUACAUUGUAGAAUAAUAGGGAAGACAUCAAAACUAUGAAAUAACACAUAUGGAAUCAUGUAGAAACCAAAAAAGUGUUAAACAAAUCAUAAUAUAUUUUUGAUUUUAGAUUCUUCAAAGUAUCCACCCUUUGCCUUUAUGACAGCUUUGCACACUCUUGGCAUUCUCUCAACCAGCUUCAUGAGGUAGUCACCUGGAAUGCAUUUCAAUUAACAGGUGUGCCUUCUUAAAAGUUAAUUUAUGGAAUUUUGAGCCAAUCAGUUGUGUUGUGACAAGGUGGGGGUGGUAUACAGAAGUUAGCCCUAUUUGGUAAAAGACCAAGUCCAUAUUAUGACAAGAACAGCUCAAAUAAGCAAAGAGAAACGACAGUCCAUCAUUACUUUAAGACAUGAAGGUCAGUCAAUACGGAACAUUUCAAGAACUUUGAAAGUUUCUGCAAGGGCAGUCGCAAAAACCAUCAAGCGCUAUGAUGAAACUGUCUCUCAUGAGGACCGCCACAGGAAAGAAAGACCCAGAGUUACCUCUGCUGCAGAGGAUAAGUUCAUUAGAGUUAAGUGCACCUCAGAUUCCAGCCCAAAUAAAUGCUUCACAGAGUUCAAGUAACAGACACAUCUCAACAUCAACUGUUCAGAGGAGACUGCAUGAAUCAGGCCUUCAUGGUCGAAUUGCUGCAAAGAAACCACUACUAAAGGACACCAAUAAGAAGAAGAGACCUGCUUGGGCCAAGAAACACGAGCAAUGGACAUUAGACCGGUGGAAAUCUGUCCUUUGGUCUCAUGAGUCCAAAUUUGAGAUUUUUGGUUCCAACCACCGUGUCUUUGUGAGGCACAGAGUAGGUGAACGGAUGAUCUCUGCAUGUGUGGUUCCCACCGUGAAGCAUGGGGGAGGAGGUGUGAUGGUGUGGGGGUGCUUUGCUGGUGAAACUGUUGGUGAUUUAUUUAGAAUUCAAGGCACACUAUACCAGCAUGGCUACCGCAGCAUUCUGCAGCGAUACUCCAUCCCAUCUGGUUUGCGCUUAGUGGGACUAUCAUUUGUUUUUCAACAGGACAAUGACCCAAGACACACCUCUGUGUAAGGGAUAUUUGACCAAGGAGAGUGAUGGAGUGCUGCAUCAGAUGACCUGGCCUCCACAAUCACCCGACCUCAGCCCAUUUGAGAUGUUUUGGGAUGAGUUGGACAGCAGAGUGAAGGAAAAGCAGCCAACAAGUGUUCAGCAUUUGUGGGAACUCCUUCAAGACUGUUGGAAAUGCAUUCCUCAUGAAGCUGGUUAAGAGAAUGCCAAGAGUGUGCAAAGCUGUCAUCAAGGCAAAGGGUGGCUACUUUGAAGAAUCUAAACUAUAAAAUACAUUUUGAUUUGUUUAACACUUUUUUGGUUACUACAUGAUUCCAUUUGUGUUAUUUCAUAGUUUUGAUGUCUUCACUAUUAUUCUACAAUGUAGAAAAUAGUAAAAAAUAAAGAAAACCCUGGAAUGAGUAGGUGUGUCCAAACUUUUGACUGGUACUGUAUGUUUGAUAUAUAUGUGAGAAACAGACAAUAAAGAAUUCAAAUCUAAUACUGUCCUUUUGUGUGUAUCUAGAGUGAGUCAUUUGAGGUGGCCCGUAUCUUCAGUGAGGCAGAAGCCAAGAGAGUAGGUUCUCUGUUAAAGGUGUCUUCAGAGGCCCUACAGACUGUCAUCACACACAAAGUCACGGUCAGUACAACCCCUUCGCCAUGCCUUCCCCCUUCAAUCUGCUUGAACUAUUCAUACAGUGCCUUCAGAAAGUAUCCAUACCCUUUGACUUAUUACACAUUUAGUUGUUAGUCUGAAUUCAAAAUGGAUUAAAUCUAAAAAGAUUUCUCACCCAUCUACACACAAUACCCCAUAAUGACAAAGUGAAAAAAUUCAAAUGUAUUGUAAAAGGAAAUUUAGAUACAGUAUCUCAUUUCCAGAAGUAUUCACACCCCUAAGUCAAUACUUUGUAGAAGCACAUUUGGCAGCGAUUACAGCUCUGAGUCUUUCUGGGUAAGUCUAUGAGCUUUCCACACCUGGAUUGUGCAACAUUUGCCCAUUAUUAUGUUCUAAAUUCUUCAAGCUCUGUCAAAUUGGUUUAUGAUCAUUGCUAGACAACCAUUUCCAGGUCUUUCCAUAGAUUUUCAAGUAGAUUCAAGUCAAAAUUGUAACUCGGCCACUCAGGAACAUUCACUGUCUUCUUAGUAAGCAACUCCAGUGUAGAUUUGGCAUUGUGUUUUAGGUUAUUGUCCUGCUGAAAGGUGAAUUCAUCUCCCAGUGUCUAGUGGAAAGCAGACUGAACCAGGUUUUCCUCUAGAAUUUUGCCUGUGCUUAGCUCCAUUCAGUUUCUUUUUUUAUCCUGAAAAACUCCCCAGUCCUUAACCAUUACAAGCAUACCCAUAACAUGAUGCAGCCACCACUAUGCUUUAAAAUAUGCAGACUUAUGCCCCAAACAUAACUUUUUGUAUUCAGGAAAAAAGUUAAUUGCUUUGCCACAAUUUUUGCAGUAUUACUUUAGUGCCUUGUACAGGCUUCCUUCUUUUCACUCUGUCAUUUAGGUUAGUAUUGUGGAGUAACUACAAUGUUGUUGAUCCAUCCUCAGUUUUCUCCUAUCACAGCCAUUAAACUCUGUAACUGUUUUAAAGUCACCAUUUGUUUUAUUUUUACCCAUCAACCAAUAGGUGCCUUUCUUCGUGAGGCAUUGGAAAUUUUCCAUGGUCUUUGUGGUUGAAUCUGUGUUUGAAAUUCACUGCUCGACUGAGGGACCUUACAGAUAAUUGUGUGUGGGAUACAGAGAUGAGGUAGUCAUUAAAAAAUCAUGCUAAAUACUAUUAUUGCACACAGAGCAACUUAUGUGAAUUGUUAAGCAAAUGUUUACUCCUGAACGUAUUUAUGCUUGCCAUAACAAAGGGGUUGAAUACUUAUUGACUCAAGACAUUUCAGCUUUUCAUUUUUAAUUCAUUUGUAAAAAAAUAAAUUAUGAAAAACGUAAUUCCACAUUGACAUUAUGGGGUAUUGGGUUUAGGCCAGUGACAAAAACAUCUCAAUUUAAUCCAUUUUUAAUUCAGGCUGUAACACAACAGAAUGUGGAAAAAGUCAAUUGGUGUGAAUAUUUUCUGAAGGCACUGUACCUGUCCCUCCUCAGGAGACAACCUAUGACAGGAUCUACUGCCCCCUGUCUGUGGAAAGUGCCAUAGAAUCCAGGUACUGACCGAGCCAUGCACUGCACUGUGAGUGAGCUCCUCCACGGUAUAUUUUGAGUUAAUGAAUACUAUCUAGAGCAGCAUAGAAUAAUGAGCUAUUAUCUAUCUCUCUCUCCUAGAGAUGCCAUAGCCAAGGCCCUGUACUCUGUGUUGUUUGAUUGGCUGUUGGAACAGAUCAAUGAUUGGCUAAGCCCUACAGAGAUGGACAGCACCGUGGGCAUAGUGGACAUCUACGGCUUUGAGGUGAGGGGCAAUGAGGACCACAGUAAAUGUUUAAUGGAGAAUGUGGGAGAUUGUGUGCUAGAUUAGGGUUGGAGCGAAAACCUGCAGGACUGCAGCUAUCCAGAAACAGGGUUGGGCAGCCCUGUUGUAUUGCAUGUUAUAUGCAUUUAUUAAACAUAUAUUUACCUGUGUGUUGUAGGACCUGGGAGUGAACAGCUUUGAACAGCUGUGUAUUAACUUUGCCAACGAGCAGCUGCAGCACUUUGUCAACAAGGCCGUGGUGACCCAGGAGCAGGUCAGUGGGCUAGGGGUCAGAGUUCACAAGUCAAACAAUCAAAGUUCACAGGUCAAACAAUCAGCAAUGUUAUUGUGCAUCUCAUAUAGUUAAUGGGGUUGACCUUCAUGGAUACUGAUGAUUACAAACGGUGGUGCUUGUGCGUGCGUGCAUUCGUGUAUGUGUUCUCCAGGAGGAGUACAGUACAGAGCAGAUCCAGUGGUAUCCCGUCCCUCUGCAGGACUUCAACUCCUGUCUAGACCUCAUCUCCUCCAGACCACAUGGUAUCCUCCGUAUACUGGAUGACCAGACCUGCCUGCCCCAGGCCACUGACCACACCUUCCUCCAAAAGUGCCACUAUCACCAUGGGAACAACCCAUACUACACCAAGCCCAAGAUCCCUCUGCCUGUCUUCACUGUGUAUCACUACGCCGGAGCUGUCACAUACCAGGUGGUUCUAGCUUCUUAAGUGUUUAGGAACCACUGAGUUAGGACAUGUUUAUAUGGAUGGACAGAGUGAAUAUUUCUUUAUAUUCCUGUCUCUCCUUAGGUCCAUAACUUUCUGAAUAAGAACCAUGAUCAGUUCCGUACAGAGGUUGUUGAGCUGUUUGCUAGGAGUAGACUGAAGGUAAACUUGUAAUUCCUAUAGGCUUAAGGGGAAUCAAUCAAUCACCCAUUCAAUCACCCAUUCAAUCAAUCAAUCGAUCUCUGUAUCUCAGAUGGUGUCAGGGCUGUUCCGUAAGGUGCAGGAUAAUUACCUGCAGCAGAGAGAGUUGGGCUGGAGGGGUAAAGGUCACAGGCAACAGCCCUCCACGGUGGCAGCACACUUCCAACAGUCCCUGACCGAGCUCACCACACGACUAGAGAGGUCAGGGUCUUUUACAAAAAGGCAAAAUGUUUUUUCCUUUUGUUUGCUGAGAGAAGCAAGGCAGUGGUGGGUGACCUGUGUUUUUUCCCCUUCCACCCAGGUGUAAAACCACCUUUAUACGAUGUUUCAAGCCAAAUUAUGUCAAGGUGGGUAUUCAACAUUAGAGGUAGCCAAUUGCGCCCUUUCUAGGCCAAAUAGUGACAACCCUAUAUGAUCUCAUAUCCUGUCCAUCUGCCCUCAGCUUCCCGGUAUCUUUGAUGUGGACUAUGUGUCAACCCAGCUGAGGCACGUUGGGAUACUUGAGACCAUCACCAUCAGGAAGGAGGGAUUCCCCAUCCGCAUCCCCUUCUCCUUCUUUAUGGAGAGGUACUGGACAAAUCAACCAAUGCACACUAAUAUUCAUUCACACGGUUUAACCACCAUCCACACACAUACAGUACCAACAGUACAGUAUACUAGCAUCUCACUGGAAGAAAGUAAAACUCAUAGCCAACCACCACUUGCUACUUCAUAGAUCUAGGUGAGCAUCUCCUUAACAAAUUAUUAUUAUCCCUCCCGUCCCAUCUCCCUCUUCCCCAGGUAUGGAAUCCUCCUGGUGGAGCGACCAGCCACCAUGUCUGACAAGGAGCAGACCGUGGCUUUGCUGAACUUUGUAGGGGCUGAUGAGGGACAGUACCAGCUAGGGCUCACUAAGGUACCUAAGAGGCCACUGUAACGUUGUACAGUUGUUUCAUAGAAAGUGUUGACAGAAGCUCUAUCCAAGCAAGCCAAUUCUAGUAUCUUAGACCAGGGUCUAAAAAGUCAGCUUGAUCCUGUGCGUGUGUGUGUGGCCCUAGCAAAGAUUCAACAUCUGCUUGCAAAUGUGCAUGUCCCACAGGUUCUGAAGGAAAUGAAUAACAAAACUGUUCAAGUGGUGAGAAAGUGGAUAUGCUUAAACACACACACAACGUUAUCUUCCUGACCCAAAGAGAGGGGUGUUUGGGUGUCCCGAAUGUUGAGUGGAUUUACACUGCUACCAGACUGACUCAUCCUGUUGAACAUACUCAACAGUGACGACACAAUAUUUGGGGAGUUAGCCAGAGCUUCUCUCCUUCUGGACCUACGGAGGAGGAAGGUCCAAAUGGCCAUGGACACUGAAUACAACUUCCUGGGCUUAAGGAGGAAUGCCAAUGAAAAAUUGGACACUCGUGCUGUGGCCUUUGGAGUCUGGCCGGACCUCAACGACCUGUGCAACCGGACUGGAGUGGAGCUCAGAUGGGCACGGACUGAUAUACAAACUGAGCCAGUGACUGCCUCUGAUGUAGUUGUGGCAGACUCCUGUGUUGUUGUGGCAGACCCCUGUGUUUUUUUGCGGAAGCUUCUGUCACCCAUGAUGGAACAUCUCAUCCUGCAUCGAGGGCAACACUCCUUGGUAUCAGAUGGAUGCAGCUACGGCAGCACUGGACUGGCCUGAGGCUGCAGGGGAAACUCCCUGCUCUGGACUGUGCUGACCACUCUGUCUCUCAUUCCAUGUACCAGAAUGCUUUUACUGUUAAGGCGAGACUGCAAGUUCUACCAACAAAAUCUAAUCUAGCACUCUGGUACCCUGCAAACCAUUACCAAUUUUUCUAUUCUACAUGAGUCAAAUGUAAUGGAGUCUGUUGCCCAUGUUGUGAAUGGUUGCUGUUCAUACAAGGAUUUGUACAUUACUAGACAUGCCCACCUUGUCAACCUGAUAGCCAGCGAGGUGAGACAGGUAGUCUCACCAACAGCACACAUCCAUAAACAUUGUUGUGUAAGAGGAAGCUGAUUUAAUGUUGAUGAUGUGUUUUCCUGUGUGCCAAAUACGUCAGAUGUUGCUGUUGUGGGGGGAGGCCAGGGGAAGGUGCUCAUUUUGGAAGUUGGCUGCUCAUUUGACGGCUACAUGGAGCAGGCCUUUGCUGACAAGCUUCUUAAAUACCAGCCCCUCGUGGCACGUUUGGACAGCCUCGGGUGUAGGUGCAAGCUGCUGGCGCUGAAUUUUGGCAGUCUCGGCCACUAACACAGGCUUGCAGUGUGUGGCCUCCAGAUUGCGGGGCCUGCCAAAAACUAGGGCAAAGCAGUUGGCUAGAUACUGUGUUUCAGCUGUCAUGGGCAGCCUAGCUGUUUGGAGAAGGAGGUGCUUUCUGUACACUUGAGUGCCAUGCAUACAGGGACCUUUGAAAUGUUUGGAUCCUUUUUUAAUGUAAGUUUGAUUGGUGGAUUCAAAUAAAGUAUUGUGUGUGUGUGUGUGUGUGUGUGUGUGUGUGUGUGUGUGUGUGUGUGUGUGUGUGUGUGUGUGUGUGUGUGUGUGUGUGUGUGUGUGUGUGUGUGUGUGUGUGUGUGUGUGUGUGUGUGUGUGUGUGUGUGUGUGUGUGUGUGUGUGUGUGUGUGCAGGUGUUUCUGAAGGAGGUGCUGUACCAACGUGUGGAGGACAAGUGGAGCAGCACUCAGAACUGGGCUGCGGUUACCAUCCAGAGGAACAUCAGAGGGUUCAUUUGCAGACGCAACUUUAGGUUCUUCAAACAGAAGGCCAUUGUCAUCCAGAGCCACAUACGAGGACAUCAGGCCAGGUAUGGAGAGGGGGAGAGAGAGAGAGAUGUGUAACAAGGGAGGAGACAGAGAAGAAGAAAUUAAAGGAUUGAGAUUGCGUUAGUGUGUCCACCUGAAAUUGACUGACUGGCGCCCCCGUCUGUGUACAGGAAGUAUUACAAGCGCCUGAGACUGUCCUUCACUCAGUUCUGGGCUGCUAUGAUGAUCACUAGGAACACUAUCAAGAGACGACAGUGGAGGGUAAGAUACAUGUGUACAUACACACACACACACACACACACACACACACACAGAAAAUAAUCAGUUUAUCUAUAACUACCUGAGUCAAUUAACUUGUUACUUGGCAACCAUAUGUUUACAGCCUUUAUAGAUAGUGCUAUAAAUUCCUGCCUCAAUCCAUUCUGUUGCACAACACCAGUGGUUAAGAAACCCUAUCACAGGUGUAAUGGAGGAAUGUUUUCCCCCUUCCCUCUCUCCCACCCUGAUGUCGUUUCAUCACUACCUUCUACGGUUUGCCUGAAUGCUCAU